ACUGCGCUUCUCACAAUCGCGCGCGCGCGCUCUCCUCUACAACUCACACGCGCUCAUUGUGGACUGCAACAAGAAAUAACGUAUCACACACCGAAGAACAGAAUGGUGGCUUUAUGUUGGUAUUUUGGCUCAUUUCUCCUCCUUGACUUGAUGACCAUUACAUUGAGCACCGAAAUGGGCCACAGUUCAGCCAUGGAAAUCUUCAGUGACAAUGUGAUUAUCCCGCCCAGGCCAGAGGGAUCCAUACAUCAACACAGGCAUCACAGGAAUCACAGAGGUCGCAAGGAGAGGAUGACAGCAGGUCGGCUCAGAGAGAGGCCCCAUAUUACUGUGUUCCACACCCAAAAUGAAGGGCCAGACCUGGAGGGCCUCAGUCCCGUCCGCUUAGAGAUGGAGCCAGGAGAUAAAAGACGAGUAAUGACCACAAGAAAGAGGACCUUCAAGGGGUUUGGUUCCUUAAUUCCUGAGCAAAUGAAUAUCUCUCCUGGUGCUGGGACUCCAGAGAGGGCAAUGAGACAUCCCACUGAUCACAAAGUGUUUGGAGGGCACAUCAUUAGGGCUCCUCAUGAUGAAGAGUCUUUGGCAUCAGGGAAGAAACAGAGGGUUUCUUUUGAUCAAAGGCUCAAUAAAAACUCCUUUGGGAUUCCCACAGAGCCGGUGUUCCCCGCAGCCACCGUCGGCUCCUUCAUAUUACCCAUAACUGCGGCAGUCGGUGGGAAGCCCUCCACAAAGCCAACCACCACUAGUAAGACACAGGUCAGACGUUAUUCAGGUGGGGAUGUGACGCCCACUUUCAACAUGGCAUUCUUCGACUGGACUGAUUAUGAAUAUAUGAGGCCUGCGGACAAAAAGCAAUUUUCUGAGAAGCAAGGACCUGACAAACAGGCCACAAACAGCCCUAGCACUGGACUUGUUACUCUUACAUCAGACGAGAGCUGCAAACAUCACCUGGAUUGUCUGCCAGGGUCCUGCUGCAAUCUCAGAAAACAUGUAUGUGAGCUUCACAACCGCGGCCUCAACAACAAGUGCUAUGACAGCUGCAUGUGUGAGGAAGGGCUUCGUUGCUAUGCUAAAUUGCACAGGCAUUACCGCAUCACACGCAAAAAGGGACAAUGUGUUGACCCUGAGGGUAUAAGCUUAAACCGUGGCAUGUUCAUUAUUGUUUAAAUGGGGCAUAUUUUUCCUUUCCAAAUGCAUGCAAUUACAUUUUCCACUGAAAUUUUUAUAUUCACCCUUAUACAUGUUUAUGUGUAUCAUUUGGUUGCUUUCCUGGAUUUAUUUGUUUCCAAAAAUUGUAAAACAUCGACAGCAAUAUUUUGGGAAUGCAUAAGUAUUUGCACAAGUUUUACAAAACAGAUUGAGUGUACAGUACCUACAAGAUCAGUUCAUUCAAAUGAAUGAAAACUGAGGUACUCUGUCAUAUUUGUGAUAUGAAGAUCGAGUGAUGUGUCAUUGAGGAAUUUGUGUAUUUGUAACUGAUGUAUUGAAAGUUAUUGCAUGUAGACAUAAGUAAUUUGUAUUUUGUGUUCAUGUGGUUGAGUGUCGAGUUGCAUCGAUCUAUUGUUGUCAUCACAAGGGAACGGUAGUGAAUAGAUGGACUUGAGCAUGCAAAGACAGCCUUUUUAAUGUUGGGACUACAACGCCUGCCAGGUCCCCAGCUUCCAAUCAGACGAGCAGCUUUGGAAUGGACACACAAAGAAGGACACAAGGGAGAACUUCAUCUCACAUUAUUAAACCAUUAAAUCUUC